AUGAACACUUUUUCAUACAUUAAAGACGAGGAAAACAAUAAAAAUCGACACUGGAUAUCUGGAUAUCCAGAUAUCCUUGUUUUCAGCUUGGAAAUUAUCUGGAUAUCCGCAAUCGUCAAUAUCCGGAUAAAUCGGAAGGCUAACUUAGCAUCACAAGAGCUCGGGUGGAAACUGAAAGAUUAA